AUGGCGCGGGUGCGUAAUUUGUUUGGUCAAGCGAAAGACGCGACGAAACGAGAAGGAAAGGCUAAGAAAAGCCAACAGAAGGCCCGGAAACAGCCUCUUCGUGAUCACGAAUCUUUCGUUUCAUGCAAGUUAAGCGAUGAAAAGCUUGAGAAGAUGUCGAUCCGAGACUUGAACAAGCACCUUCGUCAACUUCCCAAAGAACUAGCAAAAAGGUACAGAAGGCGAAGGCGAAUACUCAAAAAUCGUCAAUACGCCCUCAAAUACAGACGGAAUUCCUCGGGAAAGGGAAGCAACAUCGCAAAGCAAAAUGCGUCUCUCGAGUUGGAGAUAUGUCUAACAAAUGAAGAGUUGAGGAAAGUUAUCUGUGAGAGAGAUGAAUAUAAAAAGAAAUGUUUGCGUUUAAACGCAAUGUUGCUGCAAAGCUCUGCAACUGACCAUGCCUAA